GUCGAAUACUAUGUUCGGUAGAAGAAUUGGGAUCCUGCCCACCAGGAAUGGGUCCCUAUGUCAUGUCUGAAAUCCGCGAACGACCUCCGCCUGGAUUACGAUGAGCGCUUUCCUCCAACUCCCAGAGGAAUUCAAGAAAAUCGAACGAGCGACACGCAAAUGGGCCAAAAAGACUGAGAAGGUAAUGCGCAAUCCAGUCCGGCAGCCUGCGAGGAGACCGAGAGCGGUGUCAACUCUCCCAGGAAGCUCCUCAUCAGAUUCAGACACCAACGAGGUCAUACCCACCCGGCAAAACACCAGGUUGGCUGACAGAUUAAAUCAACGAGGAAUUCGUACGACCAACAAUGAGCCCCCAAAUGACCGGGUACCAUCAACAGGUCCAGAUCAGGAAAUACAUCAUGAACAACCACCGGCGGACGACCGCGAUGGCCGGGAAAAUCCGACACUACUAGGUGGCCAACAUUCCACGGCAGUACGGAACCCGGACGACAAUCCGAACGGCCGGCAAACUCGGACCCGUCGCACCCAGGCAAACCCGACGAUGGAAACACCCCCGUCGCGUCGAGACUCUGAGGAUCUCUCGGACAACUCCUCACACAGCCUGGCAAACUCAAUGAACGAAGCAUCCCCGCCACAUCCCAACUCUGGAAUCCAUAGCUGCGCGAAAUGCGCAAGUUCCUACACAAAACCGACAGUUCUCAACAACCAGAAGAAGAGACGCCCGCACCCUACCAGCGAUCACAGUACGGACGAAUACCUGGCCAGGACCGUUGGUGGUUUCGUGGAUGAAUCAUGACGAGGCAGACCCUCCGCAACCAUUCCGAACCCACUCACCGGAAGUCGCAGCCACACUGAUGGACACCCAGCCCCAGGACAAUAAGUCGAAGGACAAUAGCGUCUAGCGGUGUAAGUGUCGGUAGUGUGGCUGAUAGGGGCGUGGCGGAGGGUUUUGUGGUUAGCGUACAUGGGGCGGAGGUGUGAGUAGGAGAGGCAGAAAUCGGUUUUGCGGAAGAUGGGGGUGGGCUUGGAGCGGUGGGGGA